AUGAUAUCGAGGCUGUUUGCCAAUCCUUUUGAUGAUCUUGUUGAAAAAGCAACCUCGGAGUUGCUUCCAAGAGGUCAAGAAGACUUGGCAACCAACUGCGAGAUUAGUGACCAGAUACGCAGUAAAACCGUCUACCCCAGGGAUGCCAUGAGAUCGCUAAAAAAAAGGAUUGGUCAUAGUAAUCCGAAUGUGCAGUUAUUGGCUUUAAGUCUCACUGAUACAUGCGUAAAGAAUGGCGGCUCGCAUUUCCUGAUAGAAAUUGCUUCUCGCGAAUUUGUUGACAACCUUGUAUCUAUAAUCAAGGCCCCCAUGGGUGUGAAUUUAGAUGUUAAAAACAAAAUUCUAGCAUUGGUUCAAUCUUGGGGAUUGACAUUUGAUGGUAAAUCUGAGCUACAAUAUAUGACUGAUACUUAUAGGCUGUUGAAAUCGGAAGGCUUCCCAUUCCCAAAGGUAGAAAAGACAACGGCGGUAAUGAUUGACACAGAAACUGCUCCCGAGUGGUCAGAUAGCGAUGUCUGUAUGCGAUGUCGAACGCCCUUCACUUUAACAAACCGAAAACACCAUUGUCGCAAUUGCGGCCAGACAUUUUGUGGAGAAUGUUCAUCAAAGACUAUAGCCCUCCCUCAUUUCGGAAUAAACGAGCCUGUGCGAGUAUGCGAUUCGUGCUUUAUGAGAAGAACACUUAGAAACAGGAGUGCUAGCCUCGACCUAUCCCCAAAUAUCACCAAACCCUAUUUAUUACCGCCAACGAUUUCCGCUCCUGCGAGCAAAUCACACUUCUCGGAAGAUGAAGACGAUGAAGACAUCAAGAAAGCCAUUGAACUCUCACUCAAAGAAGCCGAAUCGUCACGUGGUCGAUACACAUCACCACCCCAAAAAAAGCCAGAAGUUAAGAAAGAAGAGAAGAAGGCUGCUGAAGAGGAAGAUAAAGAGUUGGCUGCUGCUAUUGCAGCAUCAUUGAAAGACAUGGAGAAUAAUCAGAAGAGGCAAAGUCAAUAUGGAAUCGGAGGAUACAAACCGAAAUCAACAACGUAUGAGAGUAGUUUCUCGAAUAAUUCGGUAGUACAUUCGGCAAAUGAGCUGACGCCUUUAGAAACGGAGAAUAUUUAUCAGUUCACAGACCUGGUUGAUCGGUUGCAAUAUACGGGAGGAGAUUUGAUGCGGGACCGACAAGUUCAGGAUUUGUAUGAUAGAAUUGGUGAGCUUAAACCAAAAUUAACUAAAUCACUCUCUGAAGCGAUACAAAAACACCAGGAGCUAGCUGAUAUGCACGAUAAACUCGCUCAAGUUGUAAAACUCUAUGACAGUCUCCUUGAACAACGCCUGUCAUCAGCUUACAUGCGUCGCACAUCAGUGUACUCCCAACCCACCCUCCGCACUAUCUCACCUUCGCUCACAGUCCCGCCUUCUACGGCGCCUACCUAUCCUUCGAUCACUCCCUCCCAUAACACGUCAUAUCCAUUGGCCUCUGCGCCUGCUCCGUCACCUACAUAUUAUCAUCAGACUGUUAAUCCAACCCAGUAUGCGGGAAGUGAAUUUGGCGAUGGGAGAGCAAGACAGCAAUUUAUUCAGGAACAGCACGACAUGCAACAAGGGAUGAUAUCAGGACAGCAAACUGGUUAUUCGGCAAGUCAGCCGCAGUAUUCAUAUGGAUAUUCUGCUAGCCAAGGUGGAUAUGGGCAAAACGUAGAUAGUGGUCAGCAACCUCCUCAGCAACCUCUUUCCCAGCAGAUAUAUCAACCGGAACAACAACAGUUAUAUAAACCAGAACAAUCGCAACCUGCUCAACAGCAGCAGGCCAACAGCUACCAACAGCAAUAUCAGCCAGAGCAAUCACAACCAUCGCAGCCGCAGCAAGCCAAUGGCUACCAACAGCAACAGCUAUAUCAACCAGAACAAUCGCAACCUCCUCAGCAGCAGCAGGCCAACAGCUACCAACAGCAACAGCUAUAUCAACCAGAACAAUUGCAACCUCCUCUGCAGCAGGCCAAUGGCUAUCAACAGCAACAGUUAUAUCAACCAGAACAAUCACAACCUCUUCAGCAACAAGCUAAUGGCUAUCAACAGCAACAUUCAUAUCAGCUAGAUCAAUCACAACCUCUUUCGCAGCAGUCCAAUGGCUAUCAUCAACAAUCAUACCAGUCAGAACAAUCUUACCCUCUUUCUAUUACGAAGCAAGAACCCAGAAAGGAAACUCCGUUGCUUAUUGAAUUGUAA